GUUAAAAUGAUUUUUUUUUCAGAUUUAGAAGUCAAUUGGCGGGAUGCGGGGUGGACCCCGCCUGAUGUGUUCUGCCUAUCUGACAGGGGCUCUGGGUCUACUUCUUCUAAUUGUUGGACUCAACUAUUGGUCAGUAUCUGGGCAGAACCAGGAGAUCGUAGAAAAGUUGAAGGAGGUUCAGGAUCAGCUCCGGGCUGGGAGCAGUAGAAUCCAGGAGCUGGAUUCAGGAGCACAAGAGUCGAAUAUUAAGCUUGGAAAAAUGAAACAGGAGCUCAGUGAUACUGCUCAGAGGCUGAAGGACGCAAAACAAGAGUUGGAGGACGCAAAACAGGAGUUGGAGGAUGUAACGCAGAAAUUAGAGCAGAAAAUCCAGAAGUUUAAAAAGUGUGAAGAAAUGCGCAAAAGUUUACAGGAAACUAACGAUUCUCUUACAGGAGAUAAGAGGUUUCACGAAACAGAGGUACUUACUAAAAAACCAUUGUUUUAACGGAACUGUCUCUUU